GGUUGGAUAUUCUGUGGACGAGAGUGUCGCGACCACAGAUCACAGAGUGUCAUAUAAUAGUUUGAUAAUCUGUGGUGUCAACUACUUUGUAAUCUGUGGAAACUAGUGGGCCGUUCGACGGUCGUGUUUGAUGUUUUUACGAAUUGAAAAUAAACCAAAAAAAUGUAUUGUUUUUUAUAAAAAAACACGUACGAAGACAGAUAAAUGAAUAAACCAGAUGUUUUGCUAGUAAAAGCUUUGUACAGGCAUGGCAAAUCCAAAAAACCGUAAAACUGAUCAGCAAUGUAUAGACGAAAACCCCUUCGACGGAUUCCUGAUAGAUGAUAAUGCGAUCUUGAAUAGUAUCGAAGGUAGACACCCUUGCCCUAAAUGUGCCAAAUCCCGGAAACUAUUUUGCUAUUCAUGUUUCAUUCCAAUUGCCCCCCUGGAAGGAAAGCUGCCCAAUGUCAAGCUUCCACUGAAAAUCGACAUAAUCAAGCACAAGCACGAAAUAGACGGAAAAAGCACUGCUGGCCACGCAGCGCUGCUGGCCAGCAACGACGUGAACAUCUACACAUAUCCAGACAUUCCCGACUACACGAAUGAGGCGGUGGUGAUGAUUUUUCCUGGACAAAACGCCAUCAGUGUGAGCCAGUUAGUAAGUGGAGAGAACGUGCAAAGUUUGCAACAGUUUCAGAGUCAGCCUUUAGACCAGCUGCCGCCAGGCUAUAAUCGCAGCACGUUGAUGCAAACGAUCCCCAAAACCCGGGAGGAGACGGGCUUCACUCAAAGAGUGUCCAAGCUCCCCAUUUCCAAAGCGGUGUUCAUCGACAGCACAUGGCAUCAGUGCAAGAGCAUCUACAAAGAUGAGAAAAUUCGCGCUAUUCCAUGCGUGGUAAUCCAAAACCGGGUGUCACAGUUUUGGAGACAUCAGAAAGGGAGCCCUAGAUGGUACCUGGCAACAAUUGAAGCUAUUCAUCAGUUUUUACUGGAAAUCCACUUGCACUCUUGGGGCUUGAAUCCGAACUACAAAGGCAUACGGAACUGUUUCACCGAAAAAGGCCUAGAACAGUUCGAUGGUUUGUACAGUGAGAAUAGCCAGGCUUAUAACGGACAGUACGACAAUUUGCUGUAUUUUUUCAAACACAUGUACGAAGUGAUUCAUACGUAUUACCAACACGAAGAUCUUUACGCCUAUAAAAGGAGGCUCAAGUGAUUUAUCAACAUAUUUGCCUUUGGGAAUGAGAUGAAUGAGUCAAGAAAUAAAAUGUUUCUUGUUUGCA